CCAUCCAAACAAAGUGUCACGAGACCCAAAGCCACAUUCUCAUUGGAUCCACGCUGUCCUCGAUUAAAACCCAAUUUCGCACUCCACCUGUUUGACAAAAAGCGUGAACCAAAAUCCAGUCCAUCAUAUUCCUUUUCUUCCUUUUUCCUCAUCAUUAACCAUGUCUGCUUGUCCUUCUUCACCGGCCUUUAAAACCCCUUUUGUCUCUUUUUCUACAUCCAUAUAUGUAUGAUAUAUAUGUAUAUAGGUGUUUGUACAUGUAUAUGUUAAAUAUGUAGUGACAGGUUAUGUAAAUGAAAAAAGCUACUACUAGUCAAAACCCAACUUGAAUAUUAUAAAACUUUGAGAGGAUUAUGCUUUUUUAAGCCGGUUUUUUUUUUUUUUUUUUUUUUUUUUUUUUGUGGGUUCACUUUAUACAUACGCCACAAGUAUAUAAACAUAUAUACACUGUAUAUAAAAGUAACAUACUAUUGUAUAUUAUGGACCAUACUUGUUGUGUUGUUGUUGUUGACUAAAACCCAAUUUUGCACUCUACCUGUUCGACAAAAAGCGUGAACCAAAACUCAGUCCAUUAUAUUGUAAUGGGUAUUUGCUAAAAGCAAGAAUCUUUAUGUAGAUUAUGCUUUUUUAAGCUGGUUGUUUGUUGGGUUUUUGUUGGUUCUCUUUAUACAUACACCACAAGUAUAUAAACAGUAUAUACAGUGUAUAUAAAAGUAGUAUACAAUUGUAUAUUAUGGACCAUACCUGCUAGAAGCUUAGCUGUAAGAGAAGGAAGGGGGACCAAUGAUUAUGAUUUUUGCUUUAUGUGUGUUAAUUUAAUUGAGUGGAUUCUUUGUGACUUUGACUCAUUGGAGACUUCUUCUCUUAUGUGGCUCCCAUAUUUGGUGUUUUCUUGCUUUUUUCCUUUGAUGGGGGGUUUUUAGAAUUAAUUAUGAAGAUCAUAUGGGUUUCAAAUGCUUUCAAUUGAAUUCAGGAGAAUUUUUGUCUAAGGAAAUAGAAGCUGAGUUUGUUGAUGGCACCUGCUGCAAAGGUUACUGGGUUCUACCGUGAGGGAAAUGACUGGUUUUGCAAUGCAAGUUUGGCCAGUGAUUUUACCGUGGUAGUGGAUGGAGUAAACUUCCACCUUCACAAGUUUCCACUUAUGUCAAGAUGCGGAAGGAUUGACAAAAUACUAGAAUCAGCUCAAGGUCCGCAUGAAGGGACUUUCCUGACAACAUUAGAAGACUUCCCUGGUGGGAGUGACAUAUUUUUUGUCACAGUUAAAUUCUGCUACGGUGUUCGAGUAGAAUUUACCCCAAGGAACAUAGUAAUGAUUUAUUGUGCAGCAGACUACUUGGAGAUGACGGAGGACUAUGGAGAAGAUAAUUUACUGUUGAAGGCAGAUGCUUACUUUCAUAAGAAUGUUCUAAGGAAUUGGAAAGAUUGCAUAUUAGCUCUCCAAAGUUGUGAUUCUGUCAUUCCAAGAGCAGACAAGCUAGAGAUCAUUAGUAAAUGCUUGCAUGCGCUCUCUGUGAUGGUCUGCACAGAUCCUAGUUUAUUUGGAUGGCCUAUGUUGAUGUAUGGCAGCUUACAGAGCCCUGGAGGUAGUAUAUUGUGGAAUGGAAUUAACACUGGUGCUAGAAUCCAAACCAUUGAAUCUGACUGGUGGUUCGAAGACAUUUCAUAUCUUUCUGUGCCAUUAUUUCAGAGACUAAUUCAAGCUAUGGAGGCCAGAGGUAUUAGACAUGAAAAUUUAGCAGGUGCUAUGAUGUACUACUGCAGAAAGUACCUUCCAGGACUUGGCCGGUGGCAGAGUGGGCAGCAAGGUGGUAAAACUAGAACAGUUGCUAGUUUCAGUAUGACAACACCCGCUUCUGUCGAUGAAAAAGUUCUUCUAGAAAGUGUUGUGAAACAGCUUCCUGAAUUGAAGGGAAAGUCUUUUUGCCGUUUCUUGUUGGGACUUCUGCGAGUUGCCUUGAUACUUGGUGUGAACCACACAUGCCAGGACUCAUUGGAGAGGAGAACAGGGAUGCAGUUGGACCUAGCAUCCCUAGAUGGUUUGCUGAUACCUUCCUACUCAGAUUCUGAUACAUUAUAUAACACUGACUGUGUUGAACGAAUGAUUCAUCAUUUUAUAUCUUCUGAACCGGGGAUCACUGCAACACCUGAUCCAUCUUCAUUUGAGAUAGGAACAUCACCAUCAUCCAACCCGUUAAGGAGAGUGGCGAAGUUGGUUGACAGCUAUAUUGCAGAAGUUGCAUCUGAUGUGAACCUAAAGCCGGGGAAAGUACGUUCACUUGCUGAAGCUCUUCCAGAAUCUUCAAGAUCUCUGCAUGAUGGGCUAUAUAGAGCUCUAGAUAUAUACUUUAAGGCGCACCCUUGGCUGUCAGAUAAAGAGAAGGAGCAGCUUUGCAACAUCAUCGACUUUCAGAAGCUUUCUAUUGAUGCUUGCGCCCAUGCAUCCCAGAACGAGAGAUUGCCUCUUCGGGUUGUUCUCCAAGUCCUAUUCUUCGAGCAAUUGCAGCUGAGAACAGCUCUAGCUGGUUGCCUCAACAAUUUGGAUACAGAAAGUGCGCCCGCAGCUCUUGUCACUGGGGCCCCCAGUGAUAUGGCAGGUCAAAUUGUACAGAGAGAUGGAUGGGUGACAGUCGUGCGUGAGAACCAGGGUCUAAAAGUGGACUUGGAAAGGAUGAAGUCUCGGGUUGGUGAACUUGAAGAAGAAUUCAGCAAAAUAAAACAAGAGAUGAGAAAGGUCACAAAGUCACAUAGUUACCUCAGUUCUCCACGCUUUCUUGCCCGAAGGAUUGGAUGCAAGCUACUUCCCCAAUCGUCGGAUACUCAACCAGAUGUUAUUGAAAGCACAGGUCCAUCCCCAAGAUCAUCAGUUGAGCAACCGAGAAAUUCAAGACACCGUAAAAGUUCCUCUCUUUUUUGAUUUCAUGACGACAAGAGUCAGAUUUGAUGUUCAUGCGCCUGAAGAAUGGCCUUCAUAAAU